AAACGCUUUAAACAACCAAGUCGGUUCUGUUUCACGGAUGAGGGAUAUCUGCCGUGGGCAAACUGCGUGGGCAUCAAAAUCGCACAACACGACAGCCAGAGCCAUAAACGACUCUGACGCUUAGGUUUAGGUUUAGGCUUAGGCCCUUAGGCUUGCCUAAUCGCCUAAUCCCUUUUGAGCUGCAGCGUCGCAGCGUGGCGGCCUCUAGGAGGCGUUGAUGUUGUUGCAGUGCCGUGUCGCAAAGAGAAACGAGGGCGAGUAUUUUGGUGUUUUUCUCAGACCUUCGAAAGGCUGAAAGCCUGAACUUACUGAGUCACAUGCAGGACGAAUUGUAAUCUUAACAGAAGGUCCGCACAAUGCUUGAAACAAUCUCCACUGCCCUUCCCCCGGGCAACAAACACCACCAUAUGGGCAGUAGCACAGUAGAUGGAGGAGAACAAGCCAAGAUGGCACGUAGACCAGCCCACGCUGGUUUGCAGACGCUGGUGCAGGAGCAGCAGCGUCUGCACACUUUCGCCUCGUGGCCUACCAAUGCCCCAAUAGCGGCAAACAAACUGGCACGUGCGGGAUUCUACUACACAGGCCAGGGGCUGCAGACAAAAUGCUUUCAUUGUGGUGUCGAGCAUUCCGGCUGGGUGUUUUCAGACAGCGCCAUGGGAAAGCAUAGGGAGUUGUCUCCAAACUGCGAGUUUGUGCUAAGCAGCUUGGGCGAGAGCAGUGGAGGCUGUUCAGCUGGUGCGCGACGGACUUCUGAGCCAGACCUUGCAUUGAUGCAGAGGUCUGAAGAUGCAAGAUUACAAACAUUUGCAAAUUGGCCGGUUGACUUCCUCCAGCCACGCGAGCUCGCACAAGCAGGGUUUUACUAUUUGCAGCAGGAUGACAUGGUGCGCUGUGCCUUUUGCCAAGGCGUGAUCCAUAACUGGGAACGUGGAGAGGUGCCACUUCGUGAACAUGGCCGCCACUUCCCUUGCUGUCCGUUCCUUCUCAAUCCUUCCAUGCGGUCUUCGAUGGACGUGUGUGGUCGCUUCAGCUCUUUUAACGAGGUGCUGUCGGGACCAGAAAAGAGAGCAAUUGCUUCCCAGGAUAGUGCUCAUGUUCCCCUCACCAGGUUUGGCAUAGCACCGCAUUCUGCACCCAAGCACACAGCUCUGGUAUCACCUGAUGCGCGGCUUCGGUCAUUCGAAGAGUGGCCCUCCGAUGCCCCAGUAAGGCCGCACGACUUGGUUAAAGCAGGCUUCUUCUACAUUGGACUGAACGACUAUACCAAGUGCUUCCACUGUGAUGGUGGACUGUGUAACUGGGAAACUGGGGACGAUCCCUGGGUAGAGCAUGCACGAUGGUUUCCAGGCUGCGAAUUUGUGAGACUCAAUAAGGGUGUUGCCUUCAUCAAGGAGUGCUCGGACAAACAGAAGAGCCACUUUCAAGCGAUUGCAACAACGUUACCUCAGUCGAGCGAAGAUCCCAACAUUGAGUCCGAGAUGGACACGUUGAUGCAGUCUCCGGACGUACUGUUCUAUGUGGAACAGGGAGUGCCGCUUGACAUUCUACGAAACUCACUGCGCGCGCACAUUGCAAGUACCGGCAGGGGUUUCAGCAGCCGGGAGGAGCUCACGCAAGUGCUCAACAGCAUGUUCUCCCUGAAUACAGCCAGGUUAGGGGAUCCAUCAAAUUCCAAGGAAAGUCGUGGCUCACCCGCAAAGGCGACAGCUGACAAGAACACUGUGCAGAUUCAAUGCGAUGAGCAAAGGAAUGGGCGUACAGGUGGAGGAGCAAGCGACACUGAGCGUCUGGAGCUGGAGAACUUGCGUCUGAAGGAUGAAAGGCUUUGCAAGAUAUGCUUGGAUGCUGAAGUGGGGGUUGUGUUUCUGCCUUGUGGCCACCUGGUGGCUUGUCCUGCAUGUGCAGCAUCAGUCAAGGACUGCCCUAUCUGCAGGAAAACUAUCAUGGGCAGUGUCCGGACGUUCCUCUCUUAAAAUGUGUCUGUGGUGGUGCCAUGUGUUGAAAAAGAGCAAAUUGCACUGUUGGAUUGGCUGAAUUUGGAUUAGAUUAGAUUGGAGAAGCUGACUCAUCUGCAUAGAGAAGCAUAGAAAAAGGGGUAACAUACCAGCCAUGCAGAAUGGUCAUUAUGAUGCCUCGUUAUUUCUGUUGUUUCUGUGCCGGGUUUGCUUUAUCCAGCUUAAAGUACAGUUUAUUUAUUGGUAAUUGCUAAUGCAUCACAGAAAAGUAAUGUAGUCUGCUAUAUAGAGAAGCUUUGAGAAUAUAUCUGUACAUGGUUUAUUGGCACCUUGACACAUUCUUGAAGAACAUGCUUUGUGCAGCUAUUCUUGGGUGAGAGCUCUUCUGUACAUUGUUAACCGUCUAGUUUAUUUCCACAUAUAUUGCAACGGGAGGGAUGGAAAUAACCACACGUCUGGAGCGUCACUGUGCUUAUUGGAUGUAAGUGUAUACAUCUGCAUUCUGUUGGGUCUAUGGGCAGCAUGCAGAUAUUUGCGAGGACUUUAAGUAGCAGAAACUUAGUAAUUCAGUGAUACAAUAUUUUUGUACCAGUACACAGAGAUCAUUUGCCACUUGUGUAAUCAUCCAACUGGUGCUGUUACUUGUACAAAGGAAAUGCCAAAGACCUUUCUGAUGCUAUAACAGCCUCCUGUCUGCCUGCCUGAGCUUGUAUCUGUCAUUCUUUUACGUCAACUCUGUUGAACGUUUUCGUGUGUGUUUACUUGUUCUAUUAAUUUCAUGGCCUUAGAUCAAGGCUGUACAUUAGAGGGAAAUUCUUUGGAUAAAGUUGGCCCUCAUUAAGUCUGAAUCACUUGUACUGGAAUGGUGAUGAGCAGUGGUGAACCCAUUAGUUAACCGAAUUCUUAAAAUCUGAUCUAUUUACUCUGCAUAAUUCCUGAAAUUUGAAAGCUGCUCGCAUGUCAGUUAGUUUUGAUAUGACAUGGAAGUGUCGAAAGAGCCAAAUUUGAUAUAAAUCUGCUUCCUUUUGCAGGGAGUUUGUGUUAUAACAUUUUAAGAUGAUUUGUAGGUAAUGUGUGGGUUAUAGGAACAUGAAUCUCGUACCAUGUAACAGUGCAAGCACACAGGGAACAGGGUCUCCCAAAAUAAAUUGAAACCCUAAUGUAAAAAUACUGUACUGUUCUGUACUGCUGAUACUGUAAAAUAUGUAUUUUGUGGUGUAUGACAAGCAUCCAUGCUCUACAACUAGAGCCUGAAGUUUUCGGGAAAUUUUUUGUUUUCUUUUAAUUUGGAGGGGGCGGUAAAAGUUGGGAAAAUAAACAUGUGCUCUAAAUUCAUGCGAAUUCAGGUGGACAAACUUCCAGUAUGCUAAAUUCGGGGAGAAAUCUGGCUCAGUUACUGGUUUGGUAGAAAGGGUGAGGUGAUGUCACUAUAUUUGCUGCCAAACAAGUUAGUGUGCAUUCCUACAGAAGUCUCACUAAGGGCAAUUUGCCGGGUAAAAAUCGGGCUUUCGCCCUGAACGUUCUCUAGUUUUAUACUGACAGUUUCAGAAAACUUCAAGUGGCAGAUAUACAACGUGCAUCGAUGGAUAAUGCAUACCUCCGAGUACUAAUAGAGUGCGGAAACUAAUCUGUAAAUUUGGUCAAUUACAAGUUGUAGCAGAUUUCUGUCUUGCAUUAACAGUGUCAGCAUUUUCACGUGCAUUCAGGAUCACCGACGCCUCGACGGCAUCCUGGGUUCACUUUGCUACCUCGGUAUAGAAGGCAUCUGUCUGCACUUUGUGUGCCUUCUGUCACCCAUUUUCCACAUACCCUAACGUGGAAACUAAUGAUCCACACCUGUGUCAAGCGGUUGGAACAAGGUGUGAGGCUAGAGGACACGCAACAUUUUAGGAACUGCUCCUCCGGGAAAAACUGCUAUGCAUAGUUCUUAGACUAUCUUAGACUAGACUAGCUUCUUAGACUAUCUUACACAUAGAAAGAACUUCGUACGUGUGUCUGGCUGUUUGUCGCAAGCAUAUUACGCUGUACAUGGGGUUCCCUAGGGCUCAAUGCUUGGGCCUCUUUUGUUUAACGUAUUUAUUAACAACUUACGUUUGCUGCUGUUAUGAUACUGCUGUACGCUGAUGAUAUUAAGCUUUACAUGCCUAUAACUUUGAUAAAUCAUUGCCUUAUUCUUCAAAGUGAAACAGGUAAACUUUGUAGACACUAACAAGGUAAAAUUUUGGUGUGGACAAAACGGAGUAAUUUUAAACGCAUCGAAAACAUGUGUAACGUCUUUUACCAGGAAACGUUCUUCCGUUGAUUUCUUGUAUAUGCUGGGGGAUACCCCUUUGAAGAGAUCACUUGUAACUUGCGACCUGGGUGUUUUCAUUGACAGUAAGUUGAAAUUUGUAGAACACGUUAACUAUAUUAUUAGCACAUCUUACUCUGUGCUGGGAUUCAUUUCAAGGGUCACGCGUGGAUUCAGCGAUCCUCAAUGUCUCAUCAGAUUAUAUCGUUCUUUAGUCUUGCCAAAGCUAGAGUACUGCUCUGUUGUAUGGAAUUGUAUUGGAAAUGUUUUGGCAUCGACCAUAGAAAAUGUACAACGCCGAUUUAUCAGAAUUUACUUUGAUAGAUACCUCGGAAGACAAUAUUUUUAUGAGUAUGACAGGAUACUGAGUCAUUGCAAUUUAGAAACGUUGGUUGCGAGACGCAAAAGUCGAGACAUUAUACUUUUGUGCAAAUGCGUUCAUGCCAUUUUCGAUAGCCAGUGUUUGAUCGAGUCAAUUAGUUUUCAUGCACCAAUGAGAACUUUCCGCCAGUGUCGCGUUUUUGAUGUUCCGAGAUUGAGCUCACUAAGUCCUCUGGCCCGUGUGCAGCGUCUAUAAUAAUGAAAUUUGUGACAUUGACGUUUUUGAUUGUACAGUGUUUUACUAAUUCAUGCUCCACUGUUUUGUACUAACCAUUGUACCAUAUUAGAAGGCCAUCGCGCUGUUUAUGGACAAGCUCAUAAAACUAUAAUAAUAAUGCACACAUUAUACAUAGGGAGCGACUUUUUCAGGUUAAACCCGAUUCCGCCCGGUUAUUCCUCCCCGAACUGACCUCUGACCAAUUCGGGUUAAACCCAAUUUCUCCUCGAAUUCCAGUCACUGUGAAAUCCUCAAGUGACGUUUCCACUGAAGACGAACAAAGGUCGCCACGUGUAACACAUGUACGAAUGGGUCACUUACGUGCCCAGCAAUACACCUAUGCCUGUCAACACUGUCUAUGCCUUCGGGGAUCACCGCUGGAAGGUCACGAUCCCGCUAAAAAAAAACAACAAAAACAAAAAAGAGAGAUUAGGAAAGGACUUAAUAGACAAGAGGAGAAACAAAAACACCCGAUAACACCCGAAGGCACAAUUAUCGCCCGAGUUUUCCCCGAAUUACAGAUUUAAAAAUAGCGCCCGAUUUUUACCCCCCCGAAUCUGAGAAAGGCAUUUAACCCGAAAAAGUCGCUCCCGAAUUUUACAGCAGAAAAUAUUCUAAUUGCACGUUUCUAGUUAUUCUGCUUACAUUUAUGUAUACUUGAUUUUGGAAUUGGAACCUUCUUAGAUAGUGUUCAUUGCAUAGAAUUGUAGGUAUUUAGGUGUAGAGCAAAGUAAUACAUGUAAUGCCAACUUUGAAGUUGCACUUGCUACGACACAGCACUUUGAUGUCGUCAGCCAAUUGUAACCAUGUAUGCCAUACGAAGUGCAUGAACUUUAGUGCUUUCAUUGAUUGUAUUCAAAGGUCCAAGCAGGCACCCGUACAUUUUUAGGGAAAAAUUCAGCACAUGAGCAUGCACACACGUUAUGCCAUGCAUGACGACAAGAGGUUUGGGUCAGGAAAACAUUAAAAUUUUGCCUUUUGCAUGUCAGCACUUCAGUGUUUCAUCUGUACAGUCAUAUGCUCGCUCACCCCACAGGCCAAGGCAAUGAAAAAAGUGGAGCGCUGGACAAAGUGUUGUCGUUGCCUCAUGGUAGCUUAGAAAUACCACAUUUCAAGAAUGUUGACACCCUCUAUGGCAUGCCACUAGAAGGUCAUAGGCUUGCUGUAGUUUCACCACCUGUUUUUAAAUUUCUUUCUUGUAUUUGAUCUUUGGAAUUUAGCCCAAUGCAUGGUCCCGUCGGUUGAACUAUCAAAAUGCUGUAGGAAACAAUAGAGGGGAGAGGUGAAUUUGGAUGUGAAAGUUUUAAACAGUAGCAGUGCCUCAGUUGAGAGUCUAUUGUUCAACGUCACCGGACCAGAAGCCUGGCCCACCAAUGUUGGAGCAUUGAAACAUUUGUUCGCUUUGUACAAGUGUUACGCUACAAGUGUCAUACGCUAGUGGUACAAGUCUCCUUCAAUUCCCUACUGUUGUUGAACUGCAAAAGUAUUUGGGGUGUACCUGUGAUGUUGCUAAAGACGAGACUAUCCAAAACGUGAUUGAGGUACGACGUGAUGAGCACAAUGCAACUGCAGUUUACCUGCAAACAUGGCUCUGUGCCACUACAUGGAAUGCCUGCUUUACCAUGAGUGAUGUUAAUGGACAGAAAGCACCUCCAGCGAGAUGAAGCAAAGAGGUUUUGCAGUACGAGAUAUUGUGCCAUUCCAGCCACAGGUACCAGCAUUUCGUACCAAGUACACCACACCGGAUACAUCAAUCCAAGGUACCAGCAUUUUUAAGAGGCAUGACUGUUGUGAAUGGUGUUCAUACAUUAGCAGCGCAACAAAAUAGCUUGCAGAUUCUUAUAAAAAUGUUUUUUAACACUUGCGAGAGAUAACUUCCAAUUCUGUGUGGGUGCUGUUUCCUGUUCGAUUGAAGUGUUUCAAAACAUUUCUGUGCUCCACUGAAAUGAUUUCAUCUGACAUACAAAGUGAAAUCUGCCCACAAUUUUGUACAUUUGCUUCGUCGACAUUUUCUGUACUAUUCGCUGCUGCUCCCACGUUGCACGUAUUUUACUUCAUGACAGUUUUGUAGCUAGAUUUUAACACGUUUAUAUUUUUUCAGUAGCGGGUGUGCAGAAAUGGUGGAACUCUAAUAUGUAUUAUGUAAAGGAAUCUCGUAAUAAAUGGAUAAAUCACUACUGCA